AUGGGUUGCAACAAAUCUAAGAACCAGGAACCAACUACUGGGGAACUCUCCCAGACAAAUGUACCAAACGAGGAAGUCAAAGCUCUGGCUGAAAAGUUUAAAGCUGACGUGGAAAAAGAAUUUGGAACAGAACUGGAUACCUUUGAAGCCGUCUCUUUCAGGAAACAAGUCGUUGCAGCAAAUUUAUAUUUCAUUAAGGUUAAAGUCGGGGAUGAGUACGCACAUAUACGAAUUUACGAUCCUAUUCCCAAGCCAUCUGACAAAGCAGUUGUGACGUCAUCGGAAGAGAAAACAGAACCAACAGACGAAAAGUCAGCGGAAGAGAAAGGAGAAUCAUCCGAUGAGAAAGGGGAAGGUUCCGAAGAGAAAGGAGAAGGUUCCGAAGAGACAAAAGACGAGGGCUCAGAGGAAAAGAAAGAGGAUUCUACAAAGGAAGACGCAGGAUCGUCGGAGGAAACAGUUGCAGAGGAGCAGAAACCAACAGCCAAGUUUGAGGGUAUUCAGAAAGGCAAAACACUUGAGGACGACAUUGUUGAAUUUGAAGAGCCCUCUCCUUGUGAAGAGGUCCAAGAAGCUGUAGAAGAAGCACCGGAACCACCCAAAGAAGAACCAAAAGAGGAAGAACCCAAAGAGGAACCGAAGGAAGAGGAACCAAAGGAAGAAGGUGGCGGUAUCCUGGAUACGAUAAAGGCGGGAGCUUCCAGCGCGGAAGAGGAAGGUAGCGGUAUCCUAGAUACGGUAAAGGCGGGAGCUUCCAGCGUGGGAGUGAGUUUUUGA